AACCCUAACGAACCUGCGCAACCGCUCUACCUUUCCGGCCCCUGCUUUCUUCUUUCUUCCACACCCACAGAGCACGGGGGAGCGAGCGCCAUGGGUCGUGUCCGCACGAAGACAGUGAAGAAGUCGUCGCGUCAGGUGAUUGAGCGAUACUAUCCGCGCAUGACUAUGGACUUCCACACCAACAAGAAGCUGUUGGAGGAGGUAGCAAUCAUCCCUUCGAAGCGGCUCCGCAACAAGAUCGCUGGGUUCUCAACCCAUCUCAUGAAGCGGAUCCAGAAAGGUCCGGUUCGCGGUAUCUCCCUCAAGCUUCAGGAAGAGGAGCGGGAGCGCCGCAUGGACUUCGUCCCUGAUGUGAGCGCUAUCAAGACUGAUCAGAUCGAGGUUGAUAAGGAGACCCUUGACAUGCUUUCCGCUCUGGGGAUGAGUGAUAUCCCCGGAGUUGUUCAGGUCGACCCGGUUGCUCCACCUGUGGCCCCGGGCUUCGGAAGGGGCGCUGGUGGACCAGGAAGGAGGUUUUAAACCCUAAGCUUUGUUUUUAUACUAAAUGUUUUGUGUUGGUUUCUGAACAACUUUGAGGAUAUGCUUAAUGGUUGACUAAGCUUCAAAAUGUUGUUACGUAAUUUCUCAGUUAUUAUUGAUGGAUUUAUUUAAUUGGUGUUCGAUUUUGAAGAAAAUAUCUUUGCAUUUUCCUUAGAAAAUUCUGAUAGUACUGUGAUUGUGAUUGGAUGGUAUUUAUGAAAAGUUUUCUUUUCUGGUUCUU